CCCAACGUUUUCCAGAGUUAAUUACUCAACUAUGGUGGAAACCCUGUUCUAUCCAAACGAUCUCGAGUCACUGACCGGUCGAAAGAUGAACGAUACCACCGACUACGAAUAAGGAAACCACGUAUGCCAUUCAAACUAGCCUCCUUCAACGUUCGCACACCUAUGCAGAUCGGACAACAGUUUGAACCGGAUAAGGAGGAAGAAGACAAUGUGUCGGAACCUUCAAGCGAAGAUGACUCAGAUGAUAUGAGUGAACAAGGCGAAGUUGAAGAUCUUGCUCUGGAUGAUUUCGAUUCAGAAGAAGAUGUCGCUGUUGGUGUUAUCGAUACAGAACUGUUUAAUCCAUUGGAUAAUGUCGGUGUCAGGUUUAGGAAUUAUAAGUUUGGUUCUAGUCCUAAUACCCUAAAUAAAAUCACUCGGUUGCAGUUUGACCUUAGCACCAGAUCCUACGAAUCUGCUCAAAGGGGAGAUGUUAGCGGGACAUGGAUUAGAUUUAAGCAUGCUCCAUGCACGAUUGCUUUGGCGCACGCUGAUUGGCUGAUUCUUAUCCAAUCAGCGCUAGUCGAUACAUGGAGAAGACUCUAGAUUCUUUUUAUGUAAACACUAUAAAUAUACUAACGGUUUUCUUUUUGUGCUUCUUACUUCCAUCUAACCUUGUUAUUUGGAAUACAAUCUCCUUCCUGCUCAA